AUGUCGGGUGCAAUCCUCGCCGCCCUCCACACAGUGCUGCUUCCCGCCUGCCGCGCCUCCCUCGCGCGCACUUCUUUCACUUCCACAAACACUGCCUCAUUGCAGCUCCUGCGCGGUAUUUCGCAUCUGCAAUCCGCGUUCCCGUUCAUCCAGACGCCAUCGCAGCGCGAGCAACAGCCGGUUCCUACGAGUAGUACAAUCCAGGACUCAUUCCGCGCGGCCACUAGUCGGAGCCAUUCGCCCGCCACUCUCACUCAAGCCGUUUUCCAGUUCCAUCGGGCCGUUGCAGCCAUGGCGGGCAUGCGCCCCGCAGCGCACUCGGAGCGCGAGCAGCAGGAGGCGGAGCCGCUGCCGGGGCUGAGGCGCACCGUGUGGGGGCAGCUGGACCUCAAGCCGCGCUUCCCCAAGCUCGAGUCGCACGUGCACGCUGACGUGGCGGUGAUUGGCGGCGGGAUCGCGGGGCUGAGCAUCGCGUACCAGCUACAGCGCAAGGGGAAGUCGACCGUGCUGCUGGAGCGCCGCUGCAUUGGGUCAGGGCAGACGGGGAGGACGACGGCGCACAUAAUGGCGUGGAACGACGACUUCUAUAUGAACCUCGAGAAGAGCUUUGGGCGUGACAACACGGGGCUCGUGGCGGAGUCGCACCGCCAGGCCAUCGCGUGCAUCGAGGACACCGUGGCGCGCGAGCGCAUCGACUGCAAGUUUUCACGCCUCGAUGGGUACCUCUUCCCACACGACUCCAAGCCGUCCACGCUGGAGACGCUCCACCUGGAGUACGAGGCGUGCAAGCGGGCGGGGUUCACGGACGUGUACAUGGCGGAUCUCAACGGCGACCCCGCCCUCGGCUCCGUGCACAAGGCCAUCUGCUUCCCCUCCACCGCCGAGUUCCACCCCCUCAUGUACGCGCCUGCUUGCAUAUCCCUUGUUGGACCACCUUCCCUUCCUUUCUUCCGGCCCGCCCUGCCCGCCCUGCACGUGUGGCUCAAGUAUCUGAACGGGGUGGCGGACGCGUUUGUACGGCACGGGGGGCGCAUCUUCGAGCAGACCGUCGCCUUCCGCAAGGAGGGGUCGGUGACGGGCACGGGGGCGGGGGCGGUGGUGGCGAGCAAGGACGGGCGGGGCGUGGUGCACGCGGGGGCGGUGGUGCUGGCCACCAACUCGCCCAUCAACCACAACCUCCUCGUGCACGCCCGCCAGCCCGCUGACAGGAGUUAUGUUGUGGGCCUCCACCUGCCUAAAGGCUCCGUCAAGUGCGUGUGGGCAUGUGGGCAUGUGGGCGUGUGCUGGGCUGGGAAUGCUGUUACUUCCCCCUACCACUACGUGCGCGUGGAGGAGCAGGAGGGGCGCGACGUGCUCGUGGUGGGCGGCGGCGACCACCCCGUGGGCAUGCCCGCCACCCAGUACCACGACGUGUGGGGCGACCUCGAGCGCUGGGCACGGCCCCGCUGGCCCAUGGCGCAGCAGACGCUCUUCCGCUGGAGUGGCAUGGUGUACGAGCCGGUGGACUUCCUGGGGCUGUACGGCCGCAACCCCAUGGACUCCACUCACACCUACAUUGCCACUGGUGACAGUGGGCAGGGCAUGACGGGCGGCACCAUAGCCGCCAUGAUCAUAUCCGAUCUCAUCUGCCGCCGCCCGAAUCCGUUCGUGGAGAUCUACUCGCCAUCGCGCCUGCCGCCCCUGUCCAAGGAGUCACUGUCACUGGCCGGUUCCGUUGUCAGCCACACCUUUCAGGGGUACAAGGACCGCUUGCCCCUGGUGGGCACGGACGGCGUAGAGAUAGAGGAGCUGGGGCGCGGGUGCGGGGCGGUGGUGCGCAUGGGCGCGGGCAAGGCCGCUGUGUUCCGUGACAAGGACGGCUGCGUGCACGCCUUCUCUGCGACAUGUCCGCACAUGGGAUGUAGCGUGCACUGGAACCCCAACGACACCACGUUUGACUGCCCGUGCCACGGCUCGCAGUUCGACCACCGCGGCCGCUGCAUCAACGGCCCCGCCAAGGCCGACCUCGCUCCACUCGACCCUGCUCAGACGGGGUAG